AUGGCCUUCCCCAACCACUUACCCCAAGAAAUGGGCCUCCACCAGUUCUCCGACCACCACCUGCCGGAAAAUCCCUCCGUCCUCCGGAACAUCCUCCCGGAGCAGCUCCCCCCGCCGGACGGAAAGCCCCAGCGCCCGCCCCCCGCCGCCGCCGCCUGGCUCAACAGCGCCGUCCUCCGCCAGCCGGACCAGUUCCCCUCCGCCGCCGGCGGCGGCCCCAAUUUCCUCAACCUCCACACCGACGCCGCCGACACCUCCAGCACGCCGGCCGCCGUGGCAAGCCAGUGGCUCUCCCGCCCGAUCCUCCAGCGUAGCGGCGGCGCAGGGGAUGACGUCCAGGUCACCGGCGACUCGAUGAUGGCCGCCGCCACCGCCAUCUCCCACGAGUCCGCCGAUUUGGGCGGCGGAGGGGCGGUUGACUGGCAGAGCGCGAGGUGCAAGGCGGAUAUUUUGUCCCACCCGCUGUACGAGCAGCUCCUGUCGGCACACGUGGCGUGCCUGAGGAUUGCCACCCCCGUGGAUCAGCUGCCGAGGAUCGACGCCCAGCUGGCGCAGUCGCAGCAGGUGGUCGAGAAGUACUCUGCCCUUGGCCGUGGAAACCCGGGAGACGACAAGGAGCUCGAUCAGUUUAUGACGCAUUACGUGAUAUUGCUAUGUCAAUUCAAAGAGCAGCUGCAGCAGCAUGUGCGCGUUCAUGCAAUGGAAGCAGUUAUGGCAUGCUGGGAGAUCGAGCAAUCUUUACAAAGCUUAACAGCAGGAGUUUCGCCUGGAGAAGGGACAGGAGCUACAAUGUCGGACGACGAGGAUGAUCAGUUGGAUGAUAGUGAUAUGCAUUUGUUCGAUGGAAGCUUUGAUUGUGGUGACAGUAUGGGAUUUGGUCCUUUGAUCCCAACAGAAAACGAGAGAUCUUUAAUGGAGCGUGUAAGACAGGAGCUCAAGCACGAACUCAAGAAUGGUUACAAGGAGAAAAUCGUGGACAUUCGGGAGGAGAUCUUGCGCAAGAGACGAGCAGGAAAACUCCCUGGUGAUACGACCUCAGUCUUGAAAGCUUGGUGGCAAUCGCACUCAAAGUGGCCAUAUCCCACAGAGGAGGACAAGGCGAGACUUGUUCAAGAAACAGGAUUGCAACUUAAGCAGAUAAACAACUGGUUCAUUAAUCAAAGGAAGAGGAACUGGCACAGCAAUCCUUCUUCAUCAACAUCUUUGAAAAGCAAGCGAAAAAGCAAUGCAGGUGAAAAGGGCAACACCCGUCAAGUUUGA